AUGGCUAGAUCUAGAGCUGUUGCUGAUGAAACUGCUAAGGAAUCACAAGGAGAUGCAAAUUCCAGUCAUCUUGAAACCCUAGAUUCAAGAGUCUCUGAGAUUGGCUUGAAGUUCGAUCAAUUGAUUGCUCUGAUGACAGAGCGUGAAGUGGAGAGUCGUCGGGUAGCCACAGAGCGAGAUGCAAGGUUAGACAAGCUCAUCGACAUGUUUGCAGCACAACAAGUUCGAAAUUCAGAAAAGGCUCCGGUUACAGGAGCAUCUCCGGUGACAGACCGUUCUCCUCCGGAGUCACCAGCAGUGGAUAGACCUCCAUUCACUCCUAUUGGAACUGAUACUCCUCGAGCUUCCUUCAAAUCGGCGCUAGAAAAGGGAAAUCGUCGUACUCCAACCGAUUCAGGGCAAGUGGACAAGGAGAACAGUCCAAUUGCAGGGAACUCAGGCAACUCUGGGCGAAAUAAUCUUCCUCCGGAGCUGAUAGUUGCUGGUGGAACGCAGGGCAACAGUGGCUUGGGAAAUCCGGCUCGAAAUGGUCAGCAAGGAAAGGGAGUUGUUGCCCCAAUGUGUGGGCUAAAGGAAGAGAUUAAGUCUAUGGUUAGAAUGUGGAACCCUAAAACCUUAGACGUUGCUUUUGAUGUUGCCAUUUGCCAAGAAAGAAAUUUAGCAGCUUGGUUUAGUAUUGGUUUAAUAGAUACGGGACAGUCUGGUUCUGUUCUGGUGCCUCCUGAUCAAAAUAAGGAUCAGACUAAGACUUUGUUGCACCCUGUUAGCAGUGGGGACUGAAAGCUACAGAUCCGCCACUUUUCUGGAACGGAGGCUACAUCAUAAAAUCAUUUCCGCUUUCUUUUUCAAUGAAAACUCGGCGGUUUGAGGCGCCGGGCAGAAUCGGAUCCUCGUGUUCACUCCAACCAUGUUGAUGGUUAUCGGCCCACGCCAGAUCUAAGUCUCCAGAACCAGCAAAAAAGAUCCUGCUCCGAAGCCAAAAGCAUCCCUUCUCCAAAAACACAAGUUCUGGUUUCGGUGACCGCUACCAUAUUUGGAAACCCACUUCGACGAAGAACACUGCCGCCGCCGUUUGCACCGACGAAACUGAUGUUGACGAUUUAUGUUCCACCGUUGAGAUCUGCCGCUGCUCUGCCGAUUCAAAAAUCUACCGCUGACGUUGCCCUCUACCGAUUUCACAAGAUCUGUUGUUGCUCCUGAUUCCUCCCUGAUAAGAAGCUGCUCCUCAAAAGACUAGCUGUUGUCCGCCGCCUAAGCCCUCUGCCGAUUCCACAAACACUAGAUCUGUUCCUUCCAGCCAGAUCUGGUUCUUUCGGUCCAGUCACAUAAAAUGGG